AUGCAAUUUAGUCUUAAAAGAAUUUUCGUCGACAAAAAGUCAAUUAGUGCACCUGGUUCUUCAAAUCAUGAUGAUUCAAAAUCUGGGAAAUUACUAGAUCGCGUGGAUGAGGAUAGACGAGCUUUAACAGCUGGUAAUGAACGUAUUUCAGAGGUUGACGAUAAUAUUCACAACUACCAUACAACUGUUGCUGUUGAUAAAAUUACUCCUGAUGAAAAUGUCCCUACAAGUUCGCAAUUGAAAUCAAAUACUGAUAACUCUCAAAGCGCUUGUCUUCCAGCUCAAAAUCUUUCCACUGCCAAUUGUGGUAACUGCACUCAUUUAAUGGAAAAUUUAGGUAAUAUGGUAAAAGAGAAUUCAGAGUCCAUGCUGUAUCAAAUAACUAAAAUAUUAAAAGAUAAUGACAGAAAACAUCAAGAACAAAUUGAUGGGUUACAACAAGAAAUCGUUCAGCUUAAAGACAAGAUUCGAGAGCAAACCUAUAUCAAUAGGAAUCAUAUGAAGAUCGAUCAGACCAAUUACAGCUCAUCAAAUCUAGAUGAAGAUAUUGAAAAAUAUGCAGGACUUACUGAUGAGCUAGAUUGUCAAAAUGAUCCACAACAUGCCGGUGAUUCAAGAUCAUUUCAAGUACCAAAUGAUACAUCAGAAUCUAAGAAUCAACCAAAUGAUACAUCAGAAUCUAAGAAUCAAUCAAUUACUAUUUUAAAGAGCUUCAAUAAAGUGCAUAUUUACCAAUUAAGAAAAUUAGUUAGAGAAGAACUCACUAGAUCAAAGACUCCACCCACAGACUGGGGAAAGUUGGAGAAAGCAUUGUUAAGCUCAAAAGCUUAUGGUUCUUUAGUUAAAACCAACAUUAUGAAAUCAUUAUUUUUCGUUUUGAAGUUUAUAACGUUUUUUAUAUUUGCAGGUACGCAUAGCUUUAAGAAGAAUAAUCACCUUUACAUGGCUGUCACGCUGCAUCUAGUCUUUGGUGUGUUUACUACAGAAUUUAAUGAAAUUUGUAUAACACCAUUAGUAACCAGAUUAAUUUUUUUUCUUUUGAUGUUGAUUAGGAAUAAAUGUUCACAUGGUAAAUCAAAAGCUGGUUGGAUUUUUAAAUUUAUUAUUCUCAUCAUUAAUGAGUUUCUAAAGUCUUUGUUCCACGUAGGUGGGUCUAUUGCUCUAUUCUUUUUAAUGAUAUUUGUUUGUCAAAAAAACAAAAGUUAUAAUAAUGGUGGCGAUUGA